GAAAAGGGAAACCUUAUUGCGGAUUAGUUACAUGGGCUGCAGAAUCUGGCAACCCGGAGGGCUCGCUCCUCACCGGCCGGUUCAGUCUCAUUCAGCCCCUGUGACAGGCAGCGUGGAGAGAUGGUGCUCGAUUUGGACCUGUUUCGGACCGACAAAGGCGGCGACCCAGAAGUCAUCCGUGAGACUCAGAGAAAGCGGUUUAAAGACGUGACGCUGGUUGACAAACUGGUCGCCGCCGACACAGAAUGGAGAAAAUGUCGUUUCACUGCAGACAACCUCAACAAAGCCAAGAACGUCUGCAGCAAGUGCAUCGGGGAGAAAAUGAAGAAAAAGGAGCCGGUCGGGGAUGACGACUCCGUACCGGAGGAAGCACAGAACCUGGAGUCCCUCACAGCUGAGACAUUAUCGCCGCUGACGGUGACGCAGAUCAAAAAGGUGCGUCUGCUUGUGGACGAGGCGGUGGAGAAAACUGACAAGGAGCGGAUAAAGCUGGAGGCGGAGCGCUUCGAGUACCUGAGGGAGAUCGGCAACCUCCUGCACCCAUCUGUUCCCAUCAGCAACGAUGAGGAUGCAGACAACAAGGUGGAGCGCACCUGGGGCGACUGCGGCGGCCAGAAGAAGUACUCCCACGUGGACCUGGUGGUGAUGAUCGACGGCUUCGACGGGGAGAGGGGCGCCGUGGUGGCCGGCAGCAGAGGCUACUUCCUAAAGGGACCUCUGGUGUUCUUGGAACAAGCCCUGAUCAACUACGCCAUGAGGAUCCUGUACAGCAAGAAGUACACCAUGCUGUACACGCCUUUCUUCAUGAGGAAGGAGGUCAUGCAGGAGGUGGCCCAGCUCAGCCAGUUCGACGAGGAGCUUUACAAGGUCAUCGGAAAGGGCAGCGAGAAGUCGGACGACAGCUCCAUAGACGAGAAAUACCUCAUCGCCACCUCUGAGCAGCCCAUCGCCGCCUUCCUGAGAGAGGAGUGGCUCAAGCCCGAGGACCUGCCCAUCCGCUACGCCGGCUUCUCCACCUGCUUCAGGCAGGAGGUGGGCUCCCACGGGCGCGACACCCGCGGCAUCUUCCGGGUGCACCAGUUCGAGAAGAUCGAGCAGUUCGUCUACGCCUCCCCCCACGACGGCAAGUCCUGGGAGAUGUUCGACGAGAUGAUCGGGACGGCAGAGGAGUUCUACCAGUCGCUGGGGAUUCCCUAUCGGAUCGUCAACAUCGUCUCCGGCGCCCUGAAUCACGCGGCCAGUAAGAAGCUGGACCUGGAGGCCUGGUUCCCGGGCUCGGGGGCCUACAGAGAGCUGGUGUCCUGCUCCAACUGCACCGACUACCAGGCCAGGCGCCUCCGCAUCCGCUACGGCCAGACCAAAAAGAUGAUGGACAAGGCUGACUUUGUCCACAUGCUGAACGCAACCAUGUGCGCCACCACACGCGUGAUGUGCGCCAUCCUGGAGAACUACCAGACAGAGGAGGGCAUCGUGGUGCCCGAGAAGCUCCGGGACUUCAUGCCUCCUGGUUUAACGGAGAUCAUCAAGUUUGUCAAGCCGGCUCCCAUCGAUCAGGAGAUGGCUAAGAAAUCCAAGAAGCAGCAGGACGGAGGGAAGAAGAAGAAGCAGGCGGCGGGGGACCAGAAUCUGCCAAACGCCAUGGAGAGCAUGUCCGUGGAGGAGUCGUAGACCCGCCGGCGCCACGCAGACAGACGGAACAGAGCUUUUGCUGAUCAGGGCUCAGCCCGCUGCUCCCUCACACCUGUAAAGGCUCUGUCCCGUCUCUGCCCAUCUGAGUGGAUGGCUGGCUCACCUCGUUCACGUAAAAGGGAUCCGUCGUCGCUCACCCCCAUGCCUGCUUCCUCUCAAAGCCUGAAACCAGCAGCCUGUCGGCAGACUCAGGACAAGCCAACAAGCCAAGCGGCCAACUAGGAGUUUGCUGUUCCCGCUGAUUGAGUCUUUAUCAACCUGAUUACUGUCUGCGAUUAGACCAGAAGCUGCUGCUGUCCCGCGGUUCCCUCCUGCCUGAAACGGGGGGGGGAAGCGCGGCCGUUUCAGGCCGUUCACGCCCUCUCAUCAGUCCCUCACCAUUGUCGCUUGGCCUCAGCUGUAACUGAGACGUUCUCUGUAUGGACUCGCUGAUUAUGAAAUGUACAUGGUUGCAAAUUGAUGAUGUGGCACCUAGUGUACAAAUAAAACGGCUAAUGUGGAAGGUUGUGUUUAGAUGAGUCUGCAUUUUGCUGCUGCAUCUUAAGACUGAAGUGAACCAGGACUUUAUUUGAGCAUAUGUGACCCC